AUAAUUCUUUGUUUUUCUUUUUAUUAUGGCUAAUAAUUUGAUUGUUUAACCUCUUAAGUAUAUGUUAUAAAGUGCUCGCAAUGGAAAUAAUACUACCAGAGCUUCAUAAUGAAGAAAAGUUCUACGAGUGCGCCUCAAAGAUUAAAUAUGACGAGUUUAACGCUAAACUGUUCGUAUUUUACACGGUCACCAGUGAUGUGGAUGUAUAUCAGCUGAUGGCCAAUGACCGGCUGGUGCAAUUGAUUUACGCCUGGGAUGUGUGUCGCUUGCAUAGCCGAGAAUCCAUCGCAGGAGAAGUUAAAUACAUUGUCAGGGUGCUGGCACAUCAUACCCUACAGUUGUGGUUCAGCCAGGAGUGGAUUGGCUGCUCAGAGAGUCUUAAGCAAAUGUUGUUGUACUAUCUGAGCAAGGCUACCUCUGCGUUUUCAAAGAUUGAAGGACUCUGCGAUAUAGACUGGCAGUAUAUACUUAACUUUCAAAACAGUCCCUGGAGUCUUCCCUAUCUGCAGCGGCUUUUUAGAGACUUGAUGAAGAACAAACAUCAUAUAAUUGAGCAUUCUGUUCCUGUGGCCGCACCAGAAGAUAUUACAUUUCUAAUGCAAGAACGCCUGCAUUUAAUUAUACUUCGUCUACUAAAGCUCUUUGAUGCCGGCAGCUGGGAAGCUGUUAAGCAACUCUCAUUGCGAGUUCUCGUCGCCUGGUUAAAGUGCAACGCCAGUGCAAGAUGUGAGAGCCUGGAGCACGAACAAGUGUCCAUCACACUUGUCGGACAUAUUUACCUGCUCACAGUCUUUGUUGCGGAUGAUAAUCGCGGCUACGUGAUAGACAAUAUGAUGUACAACAUACGCUUCUAUGCGCAAAGCAUGCAGGAAUCGCCUCAUGAGGUAGACUAUACUCCAGCUAGACUAAUUGCACAGGUGUGUGUGCGUCUUGGAUUAGACAAGGAAGGUUUCUUCGAGAGCAUUGUAUUUAAAAAAUUCGACUUAAGCCUGGUUACACCGUUUGCUGUUAUGCUAAAGGCUUACACCAGCUACGUGUUGGGCAACCAGUUAUUAGAGUUAAUGGCACUUAAUGAGCACGAUUUUAUGGCGCACAUAGAAAAGUUUAAGGUUCUGAUGCACAGCUAUGUAAAAGAACGUGAAGACAGCGAACAAUUUUUGUUGAACGAGAUGCAGAAACUGGAGUUACAACGCAAUAGUCACGCAUUUCCGCUCACUGUGAAUUUAAACCUUAACUAUCAACAGCAGAUUUGCAAGGGUAACCGGGCUAGCAACAUUGGCAACUACAAGAACUGCGACGAUGACGAAAAGCCACUGCUGGAUGUAGACGAAGAACUGGAUAGGCAAAUUGAUCCUGUCUUUCAAAAUGUUCCCAACAAUGAGGAGGUGCUCGAGUGUGUCUAUCAAUUGCUCGCACAACGCAGCUUUAGGGGCUGGCAGUUUGCCAAGAUUGCACUGUUGCUUAAGAUCAUUGGCCAGAAGCUAAACACCAUCGAAGUUUGGCGGUAUCAUCCUGGCCUAACAACUCAGUUUAUGCUUAACCUAGAGAAUAAUCUCUCUGUAAACUAUGCCGAUUUGGCAAAGGUGUUUUCGGAACAUGGCUUCAUGGAGGCAGAGUUUUGGCUAACUGCAUUUUACCUGCAUCCAACAAGCACCAACUACAAUGAGGUAAAACGUUGCUCGCGCAUCAAGAAGAAGCGCAAGGACGAUCUAGAGAUAAGCUCCAGCAGAACAGCAGCACGUAUCGAUAAACUAGAUCUCAUCAAAUAUGAACUGUUAAGCUCGACGAUUGACGUGGACGAAAUUGUUGCCAUUACGAAUCACAACGCCCCCGUGACAGAUUACGAUCCCAUUUGCAAGGCGUUGCAAGCACUGCGACUGCCACGAAGCAUAGUCAAUGAUCUGUUGACAGUGGCUUUUCAGCCGCGCAACAAACGCUACUCAUGGGCACUAGAGUGGCCCACGUUACACGAACGCUGCAGCGCCUUGGUAAAGAGCACAGACCUCAAGAGCAAAUUUGUGGCUCUCAACAUGGCCGAAGCCAAUGAUCGACUAAAGUUUUUAAAGAUCGAUUAUGCAAAAUACAAGAACCGACCUCAGCUUGACUAUGGCACAAUUGAGGAGGGGUACGAAAAUGCGGCUGGAACCGCAGAGGCGGAUGUGGAACUAAGUGCCGAGGAAGAUGAGGAGGCUAUUCAGAAGGCAGCCCGCGAAAAGGCAGUGAGGGAUAGAAAACGAAAUCGCAACACAAGGAAAUUCUGGCAUGAAGUUAUAUCAGAAGAUGAAGAGGAGGAACAGGAAUCCGAUGAUUCAGAGGCGUUUUACACGGGCACGGGACGACGCACUCGCAUCCGAGCUGCUGCUGUAGUGGCCAACGCAAUGAUCACAGACAUGGACAGGACCAUGCGCAGUGGACGACGUUCUCCCGAUGUCGCGCCUGAGGAGGAACAGCCAGCAACUGAAUCGCCGCAGUCGACGCCUGAACCAGAACUACCGAAUCCACCGCCGGAGCAGCCGAGUCCACAGAAGCGCUCGUUUGGUGAAAUGUUAGAGGCGCAAGCCAAGUAUAGCAAUGAAACGGAUGGUUUUAGGUCAUUUGCGGACAUAUGGAGUUUCGAAAAGGAUGAGCUGAUAAGUUUAGAAAAUGAUAAUAAGCUCUUGGAAAGUAACACGCUUCUCAGCAAGUUUAGAAACUUACAGGGUCUGAAGCAGCGUACGAUAGCCAAGGAGAGUGAAUGUGUUGCCCCAGUUGACGAGAUUGGAUUGAGGUCAUCGCGUUUCAGCAGCAACAGUGAAGCGGACAGUUCGCAUUCGGGAACCUCAACGAUGGCCCAGCACGACGCGAAUGAGUUCGACGAGGGAGAAUUUGGCGUAAGUAAAGAGUUAACGCCUCCACCGCUUCCAACUUCUGAUUUAACAAUGGAGACAGAAGUGUUCCAGCUCAAAAAGAAGGUGCUGCCCGGGGAUGAGGUUGCCCUCCAAGCAACGGAAACGGAGAUAGCAGCAAUAUCUGAGGUGGAGACGGUGACGGCAACUGAGUUAGAGGCGGAUACUGAACAAGUACAACAACUACCUCAAACGGAAACGGAUGCGAUACAAGUAAAAUCGGAGCCCGUAGAGGAGGAGCAGGCGCAGAAGUUAAAGUACGCUAUGGUUGUAGAUAAUUCAGAAGGCUACUUUGAUACAGCAAUUAAGGAUACGUAUCCCAAAACUGCCGAUUUGACUACACGCCUGGUCCAAGAGUGUCUUACACGUCAGGUGGAAGUACGUUUGGAUAAGCUCACAACGCAGGACAUUGAGAAAUUACGCGGAGUUCGUGUGCUUGUUAAACGAACCGAUUUCGGGGAAUAUUACCGCGAGCAAGAAAGGUCCGCAUCAGGCAGCAGGCGGAGCCAGAACCAAACGGAGGACAGCAAUGCCUCCUCAAUCACGUCAGAGACAAAAAGCGGAAUAACCAAGAGAUUUGUGCACAUAACUUCCGAUACGCCAACGCAAUCGAAACGUUUGAUAACUGCCAAGCCACGUUCCAAGCAAUAUAAACGCUUUAAGCACAUUACGUCCGAUUCUUCAACCUCAACAGAUCAGGAGGAGUCAGUGCGUCCAGCUACAGUGAGACGACGACGUGGUCACAAGUCUGGCCUCACGACUAACAGGAUUAAGCAAGUGCAGAAAGUAAAAGAGCGGCAUGUAACUGCGGAUUCGGAUAUCAUAGAGCUCUCUUCGGACUCGUCAUCGCCAUUGCCAGAGCCAGUGGCAGUGCCAAUAAGUGUGAAUCGAUUUCCGGAGGUGGCCAUGCCCAUGGAAUUGCAUCCACUCUAUGAAGAGGAAAUUGUGCCCUACUGAAGAUGGAAAGCAAUUGCUUCGCUCGUUUUCUGGGCGGACAGACAUUGCCUAGGGCUACGUGCUUGAAACGAAUGCAGUCGGGGUUGCACACACACACUAUCACACACGCACAGCACACACACACACACACAAUAGAAAUGGGAACGAAAGAGAGAAUUGGGCACACAAGCAGCUCGGAAAAUUGAAUUUGCGUCGCUUGUUAGAAUGCAAUUAGCCUGGGGCAUUUUCAGUGCGUAUGUACUAUUUGCUUUGGCUCGGACUGUGUCAGGACUUUGAUGUGAUUAUAUAUGUACACAGGCUGUGGAGUCUAUAAUCAGGGGUUUUCUGCGUGUAUAAUAAUGGCUUCUUGUUUGGUUUGAGCAACUGUGACGCUGCUGCCUGGAGGCUGUGUGUGAGACUUGGACGACAAUAUUUGAUAAAAUGCAGCUUCCUUCAUUUUUUACACUAUUU